AUGCGACCACACCUCCCACUCUUCCUCGGCGCCUUGUCCAUUCACGCUCUCCCUGGGCUUUCCCAGGCGCCGACAUCGACCGUCGAGGUGAUAGCGACGACGAUAACGAAUUACUAUACCUUGGCCGCACCGACGCGGCCUCUUUCGGCGCAAUACACAAGCAGUCUUGACUUUCGCACUUCGAUCCUCAACUCGACAAACUUCUACCGCUACGAGCAUUCGGCCUCGUACAUAUACUGGAACGAGACGCUGGCAGAAUAUGCGCUCAACUAUUCCAAGAAGUGCGUAUGGGAACACUCGCACGGCCCGUACGGCGAGAACCUCGCCCGGGGAUACACAAACGUCACCCAGGCCGUAGAGGCGUGGGGCGAUGAGCGCGCAUUAUACAACUUCAGCAGUACGAACCCUACCGGCUUCACCGAGGAGACCGGCCACUUUACCCAACUUGUGUGGCAGAGCACACAGUCCACGGGCUGCGGGUGGACGAAUUGCAACGGCACCAACGGGUUAGACGGGAUAUUCCUGGUCUGCGAAUACUGGCCACCGGGGAACAUCGUUGGAGGAAACAAUCGGUAUUUCAAGCAGAAUGUCGCCCCCGAACGAAGUGGAGGAGACAGCGGGUACAACGAAGAAGCAGCCACUCAAGGAGCGACGGGCGGCACGCCGAGUUCGACGAGCGCGAGUCCAACGGCGAGUACGACGAGUGCCGGAGGCCCUUCGACCGUCGAAGUCGGGGUGAGUAGAGUGUUUGUCACUAUAUGCGUGACAAUUGCAGCUGUCUUGUUUGGUUGGGGAAUGUCGUGA